AGUUUUUGGAUUUGGAUAUUCGCUUUAUUUUUUUGGAAGAUAAUAACAAUACGGAAGACCUGCUAACAACAUUUUAUUUUACCGAGGAACGAACCCCAACCCAAAUUCCCAAAUCAAAUUCAAAUUCUCAAGGAUUAAGAUUAAUUAGAGGUAGAGAGGCAGCUAGGAAUUUUUUCGCUUUCUGUCCCUUGUGUAUUUGAACUUGUUUGAAGGAAGAUUGACCAGAUAAUUUGGAUCGAGUUUGCUAACUACGCAGAAGCUUAUUAAUAUAUUUUCUCAAUUCCAGCACAAAGAUCUGCAAUCAACUUGUUGCUUUUCAGAGGACUCUUGGAAAACAAGGAUUUGGGAUCUUUUACCAAACUCGCGCUAACGCAGACACGUACACUUUUUACCUUGAUCUACCUUUAAUCAGUUAGAAUUGUUUUCGGGUCAAGAAUAAUGUUGAAUUCAUCGGUCGCAAUUCGCCGGCUGGCACCCCUUGCUGCAGCAUGGCUUUGCCUUAUCCCUGGCCCAAGUAUCAACUUCGUGAGCGCUGUGAGAAUGGUCGGAUCUCGCCUCGACGAUGUUGAUGGUCCUGGCCUUCGUCACUCUCUAAUUGCUGCAGAUGCAUCGGACUCGGAGCCCGAUACUGAUGUCGGAACAGGUGACGGUGAUGAAGAACGUGCUGCAGCAGGUCUGAUCUGUCGUGCGGAAAACAUCCAAGAACUGUUGACGCGUUUUGUUGAUUGGGCUUACAAUCGCAUGCACGAAUACAGCACAAAAGCACAUGGUGAGCAGCAGCUUCAGCAUGCCCAAGUUCUAGAAGGUUUGGCGACCCAAGUGAACAAGGACGCUGUUUUGAAGAAUCUUAAGCUGGCUCUAGAAGACAUGCCCGAAGGAGUAGCCGACCACCAAUAUUCGAUAUUUGUAAUUGAAGAUAUAACCCUGGAUCGACGUCAUGCAAGUCUAACGGAUGUUGGACGCAGAAACGUAGACACCUAUGGCGAAAUUCUUGAAGGGUUCUAUCGCGUAUUAGCAAAUGCAAUGCCCAAGAGUCAAGCAUCUACGGCCAGUGAUACCGGAGAAGUUGUGGAUUCGGCAUCGGCUUCGAGUACGGCUGAAGCUGCUCACCCUCGUGCUGCAAGUUCAGCUGGAAGUGGAGCUGUGCGUCCGAGUAGUUCGGCGACACUAGAGCAGGACUACGGAGCAGCACCGGACAAGGUAAAAACUUAUCUUGAGGAAAUGCGCCUAGCUGUGGAUGAACUUCGUCAACAUCGCGAAAACGGAGACGGACGCCCAGACGCAGCAUGGGUGAAGAUUAUGAAUAAGAUACUGAAGAUUACUGGCGACCCUGACCGUACUUCCCAACGCGCUGUGCGCAACUCCUUCACCGCGCAAGACCUCCACGACGCAGAGCGAAGAGAAGUGCGAUGUCCUCGCAUAUUUGCAAAUUGUGUCAUAGGCUCGAUGUUGGCAGCUUCCGCCGCAGCAUACCUUCAUUCCACUGUUAAUUAUCAAUGCUGGCCUCACGGGUGCGCUGGAUAUCCCCAUGCUGCUUCAUCAUUAUCUCAAUCCGCGUCUUCUUGGGGCGCCUCCAACCGCGGCAAUCGAAAUUUCCUUGCACGAGAGCAUCAACGUCCAGGACGAGAGGCUACAGGGUCACGGGCGGCAGAAUACGAAAAGCUGAUGAAGGCUGAGUUGCAGAAGUCGGAUGGACACUCGCCGCCCCUGUGGAUGACAAAAACCAUCGUUGAGAACACAGGAGCAGCGCAGAAGACCACCACGAAGCCCUGGAAAUGA